AUGUCGAUCCCGAUCGGGUACAUGGAGCCUCCACACUACAUCCAACCUUCCGCGUUGGCUGAGAUCCUGCGUGACCCCAACACGUCCAACAAGCGCCCAGUUAUCAUCGAUGUGCGCGACACGGACUAUGCCGGCGGCCACAUUCGCUCAGCGGUGAACAUCCCCGAGGACAAUUUCAUGGACGAUGACGACGUCGACACCCUUGUGGAAAGGUACAAAGACGAAGAUGCCAUUGUUUUCCACUGCAUGCUGAGUCAAGUACGCGGACCUUCAUGUGCAAAGAGAGUUAAAGCUCGUAUGGAGGUGGUGCUUGAAGGGACCAAGCACAAGCCCCGCGUACUCAUUUUGCACGGCGGCUUCGAACGCUUCGGAAGGAUCUACAAGGACGAGGCCGAUCUCAUCGAAAUGGACGACUAAAUUCUUGUACGCCGUCGCGCACUUCAUUUGUGAGACCUACAGUAGACUCUAGAGACGGUAGUCUGUGCGCUUGACAGGCGGCGAUUGCUUCUUGGUGAUGUAGUCAAUGAGGAAGGUCGCCUUGAUACAUUC